CUAAACCACAGAGCCUCGUCUUUUUGUAAACUUAUCUUUCUUUGAGAUUUUUAGUCGUAUCUGUUGCAGUUAAAUUGUUAUAAUCCAAUAUUUUAUUUUGAAAAACAACGAGGUGAGGCGUGAUGAACCACAAAAUCCCAGUGGAGUAGAAGUUAAAGUGUUUAUAAGUCCUUUCUGUGCAUGAGAGGCUUUAAGGUACGAGUCUGCAUGAUUCUGUCUGUGUUAUGAAAAUGACUUUUGGGAGCUCAGCUUUUCUUAUCGUCUCCUUUACCAGGGCCCUUGUUUUUUUUUAUAGAUUUUGUACUCUCAGCACGUGCGAGUUGUCUGUAUUACAGUUUUAUGAUUCCUAAAUUUUGAGCGCAAACGCAGCUUCCUAAGAGAUUUCAGAGAGAUAAUGUGUCUCUUCACCUGAGCAUCAUCGGUCCACAACGCGGAAAAAGCUUCCCAAACUCUGCAGCUGAAGCUCUUUAUGUGAAAACAUGAAUAUGAGUACGGAUGAUCUGGAUGUGAACAGUGGAAUUGACUAUGACCCAAACAUCACCUAUGACUAUCCAGGGGAUGAGCCUUUUGUGAAAAGAGGCAGUGAGGCAGUGUGGGUCCCUGCUCUGUAUGCCAUAGUGUUUUUUGUUGGCAUACUGGGAAAUAUCAUUCUCCUGACAGUUCUGGUUCAAAAGAGGAGACUGUGGAGCAUAUCGGACACCUUUAUUCUCCACCUGAGUAUCGUGGACAUCCUCCUCCUGUUAAUGCUGCCCUUCUGGGCUGCACAGACAACUCAGCUUUGUGACUGGUUUUGGGGAAUUUUGAACCGGGUCUUUGGGGUCGUUUUCAAGCUCAACUACUACUGUGGGAUCUUUCUGCUGGUUUGCAUCAGUAUUCAAAACUAUCUGUCAUCCAUCCGUGGCAUCCAGUUGUAUUCCCACAGGAGGCGCUGGUUAGUUCAUAUCAGCUGCCUAUUAGUUUGGCUUAUCUCUGUCCUCCUCACUGCACCUGACUGGAUUUUCCUGGUGGGUAAAAAUAAUUACACAGAAGAUAAUACUUGUGUUAAUAUCUACCCUCAAUCUGGAACUGACUGGCAGUUGUGGUCACGCCUGCUACACCAUAUAUUUGGCUUGGUGCUACCUGGAAUCAUGUUGAUGAUCUUUUGCUCACAUAUGCUACGGCAGCAGUGCAGCUGUAAUGGCCUCCCAAUCCAGAGAAAUAUCACCGUCAUCCUGUCUCUAGUGGUCGUAUUCUGUCUGUGUUGGAUGCCGUACAACUUCAUACUCGUUUUGGACACUGUCAGGAACAGACUUCAGGAUCCUCCUAACGAUUCACAUGAAGGUUCUGAAAGUUCACUAAAAACACUUCUCAUGGUCACCUCUGCUAUAGGCUGCCUUCACGCCAGCCUGAGGCCUCUGCUGUAUCUCGGCCUGUGUGGAAACUUCAGGCAACACUUACUGGCCAUGCUGAGAUGUAAUAAAAUUGAACCAAAAGGCUCACUCUGGGAUCUUGGUGUAGGCCAGAGACAGCAGCCUGAUCGCGGUCAGGUUCAGCAGGAAGAGCUGGAACAGAUGAUGGUUGUAGAGAGUCAGUUAGCUUAGUGAAGAUGAACAGAGAAACAUGCUCUCUUCUGACUCAGAUGUAAGUAGAACAACUUUACACUCCGGAGAGGAAGUGAAUGGAGUUUCAUGUCAUGAGUUCAAGGGGUGGAGGAUGUUAUUCUGUGUAACUGACAAACAGAUGUUUAUAUAUAAAAAAAUGACUCUCACAUUGCGGACAUGCAUCAUGGUGACAUAUGCUCACCCAAAAGGAUUAAAAGUAGAUAUCUGUAAGUAUCUCUAUGAUCAAGACGACGAGCUGAAACAGAUGAUGGCUGUAGAGAAACAGUCAGUUUAGGGAAGAUGAACAGAGAAACAUACUCUUUCAUGAGAGAGCUCACAUGUGAGCAUGAUGAUGUUACUGUCAUGGUACUGGGUCAUUGACCCACAAUUUUGAGUUUAUUUAGGUCCAUGAUGUAUUUUGUAGAAUGUGUUUUUGCAUCGUUUGGUCUUGUUCUUUCUUUAUAGAGUUAUUGCCAUUCUUAUGUUCAGUUUGAAGCCCUGAUGCUAGUUUGUAGUCUAUUGAGUUUUCUUUUUCCUUUCGGAUCCUGUUUGCCUUGGUAUUGCCUCUGUGUGUCCUCCUCAGUAUCUCCUGCGUUAUUUUGCCUCCCAGUGGAGUCUGUCUUGUCUUGUUUAUUUGCCUGUUUUGUCACGGUCCCCGUGCCUCACCGGCUGAUUCCAUGUUAGGCAACAUGUCUUUGUUUUUGUUCUCUCUCUCUCUCUCUCCCCCUCUUUCCCCUGCCACGGCGAUGCUCACUGCGGGCUCCGCACCUGGCCCACGCACCUGUGCUCAUCAUCACACCUGUCACUGUUUACUACAAUCAGAAGGGCUUUUUAAGAUGGCAGACCUACACUACUCGUCGCUGGAACGUUGAGUCACCCGCGUUAGUGCUUCAGCAAUCUGCUUAAGUCAGUGAGUUUCCCUGUGAUGUAGUGCUAAUUGGAUUUUCUGUGUGUGUGCAUAGAUUCCCCCCGGACCCGUCCCUGUACCCCCGAGUGAGCGAGAGAAGCGACUGGUGGAAAAGGAGUGGGAUUGUUGGGUGAAAGAGCAGAGUGUGGUUUUGGACCCUUCCCCUUCCCCCCUGGAGCCCCGGACCCCUUUCCCAAGCACCUUGUAUAUAUAUUCACCCGGUGACACCACAGUUUCUGCAAAGGUCUCCUGGUCUGCGACUGAGUCCGUUUACAAAACCGUGUCAUGUUUCCCCAGGCAUGUGGGCAUCUGUGCGUGUGUCUGGUUUCCCUCACCCUCUCUGACCGUCACUCUCUCACCCUCGUUCUGUGUCUCCCUAGUCGUGUCUCUGAGUUUCGUCUCCCUUUGCUUACAUGUCCUUGUCUUGUUCUCUGCGUGAGUGUAACUUCCUGUUUUAUUUUGACAGUACCUUAUCUCAUGUGUGUUAUGUUCAGUUUGGCUUCCCUUGUUUUGUUAGUCAGAUUUGUUCCUGAUGUCUUUCCACCUGUUGUCCAUCGUCUCCUUGUAUUUAAGUCCUCAGAUUGUUUCUGUUUGUUGUCAGUCUUUAUGUUGGUCCUCCUGUCAUGGAGGCUGAAGGGCAGCACUGGUAGUCGCCAGUAUUUUUAGUUCUUGAUUUCACUGUUGCAGCAUGGAUACUGGGAAUGUGCAGACAGGACACCGGAUGACAACAGCAUGUAGUGUUGUUUGUUUUUGUUGGCAGAUUUUAAUCCUGCUCUAAAUGUGUCUUAUGCUUAAAACUGAGGACUAGCAAUAAAAUAAGUCUUCAUUUAAAAUGUUUACUUUUUUUUAAUUUACGUAGCAGAUUUUUGCUCAAAAUGUGUGUUUAUGUCUAAAACAUUUUUUGUAGUUUUGCACAUGUUACAGUACACAUUUCUAAGAUUUAACAUUUUUUACAGUGUUAAGUUUUUUGUUUGUUUUUGGGUCAGUGUUAAGUUUUUUGUUUGUUUUCCUGACUUUUCCACAGAAAAGUCAGGAAAGGUAGCUGUGCAAGUGGCUACUUUUAGCAUCACACCUGACACCGUUUCUCCCAGAAUGCACUGUUCAGAAAGAUUCUUUCUGUGUCUCUAAUAUAUCUCUUAUGUCUUCUGCAGAUAUGCUUUGAUGUUAAUUAUUUCCUAUAUACCAAAAUGUACCAAAUACUUGACAGUUAUUCUGUUAUUGUCAGUCUUAUACAUAUUUUUGAAACAGUGUGCAAACAUGCUAAAUGAAUUGUGCAUACUAAAUGUAAAUUUAAAUGUGAAUUUAGUGCAUAAUUGUGAAA